AAUUGUAUAAAAUGAUCUGAGCGUUUUAUCUUGAUGUAUGUAACGUAUAUUAAACCAUGAUAAUUUAAUUUAUCAUGCAUUAAACUAUCUUCUUGACCGUACUACGACUUAAGUUACUCUUGCUUGUAUUGUUGAUAUCGUUUUUAGACUUUUUCCGAGUGACGAGGUAAAAAUUAACUGUAAUAUUGUAUGAAAAUGUAAUCGUAAUGACAUGAUGAUAUUAUAUAAAAUCUAGUAUUACCGGUACGCAAUCACUUGUACGCUUCUUCUUGCGAUCUUGCCAGUUGUCACAUGUCAUUGUUCAUCUUGAUGUCCAACAAAUUUUAACUUGAAUGUCGACGUUACAAUAAAGUGUAACAUAGGUUAAUACUUGUAUAGUAAAUACCUACUGGCGACUGGGUUGUAGUUUUCAGAGUAAAUACGUACAGACAAAAUGGAUUUCAUGUCAACGGAUUUUAAUUUGGCAAAAAACACCUUUUGUUUCCAUAAUCCUAAAAUUAAAAAAGUGGCGUUUGUGCUCAACUGGGAUACAAGAGAAAAAUUCUACUUCAACCUUUUAAGUAAUUCCUUUGCAGAUGUAAUUGAUGAACCAAAUGAUCAUUCAAUGGUACUCACAAGACCAGAAAAACCAAAUUAUUUUCAUCCAAAGAUUCCAGCAUUUGAUAUAAGAUACAUUGAAGAUUGUUUUAAAAUCAAAGACUACCCUGAUCCAACCCAAUAUUUAAUUAAAAACACAAGCCAUUCAAACUAUACAAAAGAUGAUAUAUUUGAUUGUUGGCUCUAUCAGAAAAAAAAGUGGUCUGAUUUAGUCUCACUUCCAGAAAGCAAAAAUAAUAUUUGUAAAAUCACAAUUGAACCGUCUUUUACUGAUUCUAUUUCUCAAGGCACAAGCUUUAACGAUGAUGUUGAUUAUGUUGGGUAUAGGUUGCCUGACCAUUUAUCUAAACGGUUACCCUAUACGCAUGAAGAAGAUACAAAUAUUAUUCAGUAUAUCAUUAAGAACAAUUUUGGUCUAGGUAUUAAAGGGAGAUCACUGUGGCAAAGGAUGGAACACGACAAUGUAUGUAUACGACGUACGUGGCAAUCAAUGAAAGAAAGAUAUUUAAAGUCCAUUAAAUUUGCUCUAAAUUCAAAAUAUCAUAGAUUUUCAUUUCUUACACCUGAAGAAUUGAAAAUAUUGCAACAAGGCUUUAACAAUGAUGCUGAAUUUAUUGUGUCGCCUGACCAUUCAAAUAUGGCUUCUUCAUCUAAAACCUCUAGAUUGCCCUAUACGCUUAAAGAAGAUACAAAUAUUGUUCAGUAUAUCGUUAAGAACAAUAAUUUUUUAUUUAUUAAAGGGAGAGCAAUGUGGCAACAGAUGGAAAAUGAUAAAGUUUGUAAACGACGUUCGUGGCAAUCUAUGAAAGAAAGAUAUUUAAAGACUAUUAAAGUUGCUUUAAUGUCAGGAAAUCAUAGAUUCCCAUUUCUUACACCUGAAGAUUUGAAAAUAUUGCAACAAGGUGAACAAAUGAAUGAGAAAGAUGAAGAAGCAACUAAAUCUGGAUUUAAAAAAGAACGAUUAAAUUAUUGGUCAUCAGACAGUUCCUAAAUUGUAUUGUUGUUUAAAUGUAUGCGUAACAUAUACUAUUAUGUGAAAAAUGUUUAACAUCCCUUGAAAGUUGUUGAACAAUUUCUACCAACAAAUAUUUUAUAAUAUAAAACAACAAUAGCUUAAAAAAAUUAAUUGUGUUAAAUUAGUAAUAUACUUAAUUAUUUAAAUAAGUACUUAGUUUCUUUAAAAAUUCCUUAAAUAUUCGUCGAUCAAGAACACAAAUUUUUUCAUAACUUAAACUUUUUGAUGGGCAACGAGGAUGAUAAUCAUUAUACAAUAUUUCAAUCUAUUAUAAUAGUAAUAAACAUAUGAACAAUGAUUUUUGUAUCAGCUAUUAAGAGUUAAUUGAUAUAAAUCUUUAAAAUUACUGUACACAUUUAUUUAGAAUAAUUUGCAAAAAUCACACCAUUGUUACCAAGUUAUCAAAUAUUACAUUUAUGCUCAGAAGUCAGAAUGCCAAACAUUUCAUUUUUA